UAAGAAUGGAUAUACAGAGAAUGCCUUAAUGUUAUUUAGGAGUAUAAAACGUCAUGGAUUUAUUCCCCAAUUAGCAACUUACAACAUUCUUAUUCAUGGGCUGUGCAAGUUAGGACGGGGAAAAGCUGCAAGAGAGUUUCUCAACGAGCUGGUAGAAUCAGGUCAUAUCCCCAAUGCCAUCACUUAUACGACAGUAAUGAAGUGCUGCUUCAGAUGUAGACAAUUUGAAGAAGGGCUUAAGGUCUUUGCAGAGAUGAGAAGGAAAGGAUAUACAUAUGAUGCCUUUGCUUACUGUACAGUUGCAAGUAUGUUACUUAAAACUGGGAAGAUGAAUGAGGCCAACGAGUACCGGCUAUAUAUUACAAAUGGUUUUGACCUUGAUAUGGUGUCUUUUAAUACCAUUGUUAAUCUAUAUUGUAAGGAAGGUCGGCUGGAUAAUGCUUAUAAGUUGUUGUACGAGGCAGAAAAAAAAGGGUUGGAGUCUGACAAGUACACCUACACUAUCUUGAUUGAUGGUUUGUGCAGGACUGGUAAUUUCAAAGAGGCCAAGCAACAUUUGGACUAUAUGACUUUGAUGGGUUUUGAUUCCAACUUGGUUGCUUUGAAUUCUUUUAUUAAUGGGUUGUGUAAAGCUGGUCAUCUUGAUCAUGCUUUACGGAUGUUCGAAUCAAUGGAUGUGAAAGAUUCUAUUACGUACUCCACUAUGGUGCAUAGUCUUUGCAAAGCCAGGAGAUUUCGUGCAGCAUCUAAGCUAUUACUAUCAUGUAUAAGAGGCGGCAUGAGAAUCCUUAAAUCAGAUAAACGUGGUGUUAUUGAUGGCCUUCGUUCUUCUGGAUAUUCGCAAGAAGCAAGGAAGGUUCAGUCUAAAAUUCUUUUAGCUAAGAUACUGCAAAAUUAAUUAGGGAUGAUGUUCAACUUUGCCACUCAAGUGUUAACCGUGUUUAAUUGCCUAAGGUUUUGCAUUAUAACGCUUUGUGGAAGCUUUAAAACUUCAGGGAUCAUGCAACUGAGAAUACAGCCUACAUCAACCAGUUUUAAUUCAAGUACUCGAUCCUCUUGUAAGAGGCAAAUGCAUGACACUGCUGUCAGGUGGUCGUGAGUUAUAU